UAUACAUUGGAAAAGAUUUUUGUGUUAUCAAACACAAAUAAAUACUGACCAAGAAACUAAGAACUACACCAAACCAAAAGUCAUAGCCCUGUCACCUGCCAUCGCCACCGUCGCCGCCGCCGCCGGCACUACUACAAUGCUCAUUCAAGCUCAUUGCUUCAGACCCUCCUCGCCCAUAUACUUCGUCUCCUCCCCUGUUCGAUUUAAACCUGUUUCUGGGUUGAAAGGAGUUCCGGAAACGCGAUCCGGUAGAAGUAGAAGCGUGGGUAUGAGAGUUUCAGCCUCUUUGGAGCAGAAUUCAAGCUCAAAUGUGAUGAGGAAAAGAAAAGUUGUGGAGCAUUUGUGUCUGCUUAAAGCAACGGAGGAUUUAUCAGAAGAGAAGGAAAAUAAUAUGCUGGAUUAUCUCUAUACAACUCAGUAUCAAAUGGGUGGAAUCCUUUCAAUAUCAUUAGGACGCAUCUCUAAUCAAAAUGACGAAAAUUAUACGCAUGCUGUCUACGUGCGCUUCCAAAAAAAGGAUGAUUUGGUCAAGUUUUACGAAAAGCCUUUCUACUUAGGAGUUCUCAAAGAGCAUGUGUUGCCUUACUGCCAUGGGUUACUUAACCUGGAUUAUGAAUCUGAAGUAGAAGAUGAUGUCCUUCCUAUGUUUCGAAAAGGAGAGGAGUUCAACUAUGGUGUUGAGUUUAUGCUUCUAAUUUCAUUUAAGGAUAACACAAUUGGACUAACUGAAGAUGCAUUGACUUCUUUGCAAAGCUUAAUAAUGGGAUUUCCAUCUUUGAUUGUCCAAUCUACCCAAGGUCAAAAUUUUAAUCUUAGCAGCAAGGAGUACGCACAUGCAGUGGUCAUUCGAUUUCGAUCACUUGAAGCUUUUCAGAUAUUUGAAAGCAGUUCAGAAUACAAAGAUAUAUGGAGGACUAAGUUUGAGCCAAUCACUCAAAGAACAUUAUCCGUCUACUAUUUGGUUGAUCCAGUCGGCACUGACAUUAUGUAGCGAGGGAUUUUGUGGGUUUUCAUAAGCAUUCUAGCUCAUCCUGUUUUUAUCAUCGAAGACAAGUAAACAGGUGAUAAUAUCUUUAUUCGUUUUUCAUACUUUGCAUUACAUUAAUCCUAAAUCCUUUGUGUCAGGAAAAUGUUCCCAUGUCUCAUUUCAUCUGUUGUAAUAAGGAUGUGAUAAGUAUUUGAAAUUGUUUUCUGCACAGCAUUUACAUUUGACAUUUCUCAAAUGUAAACAUGAUAUGCUAAAUGAAUUUGACGAAACAGAA